UUACCCUAUAUCAAGAGACUUCUAACCUUUACCGCCUGAUCAUUGUGUGACAAUCAUUUACGCUUAAGUCGUAGCCAAGACCUGUAGCCAAGAAAAGCGCAGACGGGUCGCGAAUAAUCCUUCAACGCAUGUCAUCCAUCGACUUCCAUGAAACUCUGACGAGCGAUAAUGAGGAGGCCCAAUCCAUCGUGCAUCAGAAUCUGCCUAUCCGCUUUGCCAUCCUAUAAAGACCAUAUCUGACUUACAGUGUCAGGCUGUCAGCAACCUCUUUCCUGUCCCCACCAAUACUCAAGACAACAAAAGCUUCAAGCCACAUCCCAGCAUGUACAAUUUCUCCGAGACACCCUCCACCGAGUAUUAUUGCUCUCAUUGCGGCUUUGUUUAUGAGGCGAGUCCUCGCCAUCCUGCUGAAGGCGAGAAAUGUUACAAGUGUAAGGGAGUCCUUUACAGCAAGGGUGAUGAUAUCAAACCAGAAGAAAGACAGGUCAUAAUGUUUGGGGGCAUUUAUCGAGGGAAAGGAAUUUAGUAGUGAAGACUGUCGUGGCGACCGUGUUUCCGAUAGAUUUAUACUGUAGCUUAUUAUGGUUGAAAUUUCCCACGCAUCUGGGCGUCAGCAGCGUUGGGCUGAGUUAACCCAUACACUGAACGAAGAUGCUACAGAGGGCUGCUCGUUCUCUUCUGAGUCCGCACAAGAGACGUUUGUUUGAGUCUUUCUUUAGACCGAUAAAUGAGUAUGAUUAGUAAUCAAUCCAAAAAUGUAAAUGAGCUGGAGGACUCUUUUUAAUCGUCGGCCGCCGUUAAGGGUGCCAAAUGAGACAAGAGUAUCAGGUAUUGCACAGGCAACAAGCUUACAGAUAGAUAAAUUGAACCACC